CCGGGCGGCCUUCUCCAUCCUGCUUACCUCAGCAGCCUGCUUGCACCUGGCCAGCCACAAGGCCCAGAUUUGAGCCUUCUGUCCACCGCUAUCUCAACACUUCUAUCAAGGUAUUAUGAAACCCAGCAGCAGCAGUUUCAGCCAGAUAGUCGAAAUUAUCAAUCAAAUUACUUUCUGCUGCAAAAUCAGCAGCCCAACCAGUUGGCAGUUCUACUUCCUAAACUAUUUUACCGAUCUAAGAUGGCUUGCCAAUUUCGAUUAAGCUUGGCUUAUCUAGAUCUGGCCAACGGAUUAUUAGUAGCUGAGAAACGCGCCUUGCAAACUGGAGAUCCAGUAGCCUUAUUGACACCAGCUAAUGUUGUUGAUAGUAUCGAAACCAAAAGUUUGGACAUGAAUCAGAUAGAAUUAAGCAGUAGGCACUUGGAAGACGAAUCAACACCUGCCGGAUUUGAAGUUGUCACUGAACUCAUAUCAUGGAAAAAGCAGGCCCAGUCUGCUGCCGCUGAAGAAGAAGCGGAGGCUAUCUGGCGUCUUAGUCGGUUACCCGAUUUCGAAUUAAUCAUCGGUUGUGUAGUUGAUAUGGUAGAACGUCUACUGGCCUGUGAACUGCAGCUUCCGGUAGUGGCUACCGCAGUUAUGCGACAUGCUGCGUCCGCUGUAGCUGGAGUUGAACAACAAAAUUUGUCGACGACUUCGGCAGACUGCUUCGACCUUGACGAAUUACUUAUCCUCGGUAAGUAG